AUGGCAAAGGGAAAUAGACUUGCCAUUAAGUCACCGGUGCCGGUUUCACGCCCUCGCCCACCUCUUACCAUCGAUACGGCAUCUCAUGCUGAUCUGCCUCCCCUCCCAACGCCACACCUGACCAGCUCCGCCUCUACCGCAUCAACACCGUUGAUCAGCACCCCUUCUUCAGCAGGGUUCUCGUCUGAACACUUUCCACCUGCGGGGCCCUCACAGCAUCCAAACAACGUCCCACCCACACCCAUAAUCAACAACACACGCAGGCACGUUUUGCCGAGUUGCUUUACAAGGCGUUCCGGCGCAUCUGGCAAUAUUGAUUACACAGAAGAAGAUGGUGACGAAGAUUUUGAGCAAGAUAAAUCACGCAAGAAGCGGAAGACGAUCCAGCAAGCCACCGCCUCAGCUCCCAAGGCAACAACGGCUGCAAAAAAGGGGAAGAAGAACAAGAAGAAGGAUGAAAUGGAACUCUUGAAAGAACAGAUUCAGCUCCUCCAGCACCGCGUGAAUGCGUCCGAGAUGGUAGCAAAGGGUACGACUCCCAAUUUCAAUAUGCCAGAUGCGUAA